AUUUGAUUAGAGGGGGUAUUAUUGUAAAUAUAAACAAACUUCGCCGCUUCAUAAUGCAGUUAGAUAACUAAUCAUUUAUUCGCGCGAAAAGAAACAACAAUCGUCCAAAACAUGAUUUUACGGUUGCUGUCUUCGCUCAAUGGUCACCUGGGUAAGCCUACUUCGAUUCUUGCUACUCUAGGAACCCGUUACCCGUCCUGCGGGAGUGUGAUCCGUUCGACCGUACAGCGGGGGCAGUCGACCCAAGCACCGGCAAACCGCGUGUACGAUGUGAACACCAAAGUUCCCAAGGAUGUGAUGCUGUUUAAGUACGAAAAUCCGCGCUUCUUCAAAGUGUUGAACAUCUUUGCCGUGUCGCAAUUUCUGUUCUGGGGCUAUCUGUGCCACUUUUCCUACACCACGCUGAAGGAUGCCCCCGUGCAGGAAGAUGGCAAAGAGGACCUACCAUGGUACAAAAGGGUAAAUUUGGGAGAAAAUAAAUACCGCAAUGGCAUAGCGAUAAUGUGCUUCUUCAUAGGAUACGGAGUGCUGUUCGCUUCGUGGAUGUUCACGUUGCGAUCCGUACGCUAUUUGGUGUUGCGCAAAGGUGGCGACAAGGUGAGCGUCGUUACAUAUGCUCCGUUCGGGACCAACCGAAUCAUGGACGUGCCGCUGAAGUACGUUUCCGCGCAGGAGUCCCGCGAGGCAGCACGUGUCACGGUACCGGUGAAGAUCAAGAACAGGGCACUGUUUUACAUGCUGGAUAUGCGGGGCGAGUUUACCAACACAAAGCUGUACGAUUAUACGGUCGGUUUGAGCCGAAAGCUGAAGUAAAUCGAAGCGAUAGAAACGGACACGCAAUAAACGGUAGGAAGUUACAUCUUAAA